AUGCCACGCAUCUUUUUCAUUACCGGCACUUCCACCGGCUUCGGGCAUUACUAUGCCCAAGAGGUCCUCGACCGUGGAGACUAUGUCGUGGCCACCGCACGGAACCCGUCGCAGCUACGAUUCGAGGGCGCGAACGAAGACAAUUGUCUCGUGGUUCGACUGGACGUGACGGACAAAGAGAGCAUUCAGAAGGCGUUUGAACAAGGACUCGAGAAAUUCGGCCGCAUCGACGUUGUCGUCAACAACGCCGGCUAUGGACUUGCAGGAUGCUUUGAAGAGUACAACGACGCUGAAAUCAGACAGCAAAUGGACAUCAACUUCUUCGGGGUGCUCGAUGUUACUCGCGCCGCAAUGGAGACGAUGCGUAACGGCCAGAGUCCACCCGGUGGUCUAAUCCAACAAGUUACCAGCAUCGCAGGCCAGAUAGGGUUUCCGCUGUUCAGUGUCUACUGCGCGAGUAAAUGGGCUGUUGAAGGAUUCACUGAGGCCGUCAGUCAAGAGGUGAAGUCUGAGUGGGGAGUAAAAUUCACGGUAAUCGAGCCGGGUGGGUUCAGAACCGAUUGGGCAGGCCGAAGCAUGGUAUUUGCCAACCGUCACCCCUUAUAUGACCAUCUCGACGCCGCCGAUCGCAUGGGGAAACGCCACAUGACACAAGCCGGAGACCCCAUCAAGGGCGCGAAAGCAAUGUACGAGCUGGCGAUAUUGGAAACCCCACCAUUGCACGUGAUUCUGGGCUCGGACGCCUAUGCAGCUGUCACGAACAAAUUAAAGCAGUAUGAGCAGAACUGUAAGCAGUUCGAGAAGCUGAGUAACAGCACGGAUGUGGAGGUGGAGGUGGUGUCGUAG